AUGAAGACUAUGAAGAUCCUGAGCAGUGUUCUGAUACUCUCCCUGAUGUUGGCCGAGACCACGUUGGGCGACAUUCAGAAGAGAGUGGUCGGGGGAAACACAUGCAGACCCACUGAAAGGCGAUACCAUGUCCGUUUGACAGCUAAAACUCCAUCGAACGGAUUGGAAAAGGUCUGCGGCAGUUCUCUGAUCACCAACAUGUGGCUUCUAACCGCCGCCCGCUGUUGGCCUGCUGGACCAGAAUGGAAGAUGUAUGCAGAAGUAGGGGGACAUCCAGGCCCUGUGAAACCUCAAGUAGAAAUCAAAUGGAAGAUGAUACAUAAAGAUAAGAAAGGGAAAAGCCAUGACAUCAUGCUACUGCAGUUACCAACUCCUGUUCCGGGAACUAUUCCAGGUCCUGGGGUUGAUCCAAUCCCUCUUGGUGAUUGUACACAAUUUUUGGCCAAACUUCGGGGGAAGACAUCUAAACCAGAAGAGUUCAAAACAGUUCAGAUUGCAGGCUAUGCUGCCACUGCACCUGCUGCACCUGACGCUGGAGUACCUGAUGCUGAGGACCCUGCUGCUGAAGCCCCUGAUGCUGCCAACACCAAAGUCCUACAUUGUGCAGAGCUGGAUGUUAUGAAAUGUGACGCCUCCGUGGCAAAGUCCCAUCAAGACAUCUUCUGUGCACAACGUGCCGGAGUGGAAACCUGUAGAAGUGACUCUGGAGCAGGUGCGCUGAGGACAAUGGUGAAGAAUGUUCUGCAGCGGCAAUCAUCAUGGAUGUCUGCAAGUACAAAGAUUGGAUAA